CAAAUAGACUGCCAUGGAUGCACCAAACUCCCUACGACAGAGCCUCUUGGGCAAGCACCAUCCACUGAGCCGAUCGAACAAUAAACAUGGCAUUUUACAAGCUAUCUCUGGGUGCUUGAGAAGGCUUCUUGAAGCAAGGAAGAAUGUGUCUGGACCGUCCGAAGCAGAGGAAAGAGUCCGGUCAUGGAUCUAUGCUCUGGCUCAAUCUGAAAAGAACCUAACAUUUGAAUAUGUUCAUUCUACUGAAAGAGGCUUGAGCUUCAAGGAAGCAGAAAGUAGACUGAGGGAAGCAGGAAAAAACAUCCCUAUUGACCAUAAUUUCUCAGGCUGGUGGCAGCUCUGGUGCACGGCUUUUAUUAACCCAUUUAAUAUGAUUCUUGUUGUCAUGGCUGCACUUUCAUACCUAGCAUCUGAUAAUGCCAACGGAAGCAUUAUGCUCAUUCUGGUUUUGACUAGUGUAGGCAUCCGAUUCCAACAGGACUAUAAGAGUUCAAGGGCAGCCAUGCAACUCUCUGAAUAUUUGAGAUCACAAAUCAGAGUGCAGAGAUGUGCUGGAAGAAUCAUUCAGAAAGAACUAGUAGUACAAAUUGACUACAGAGACAUUGUACCAGGUGACAUUAUCCAUUUUAGCCCUGGGGAUCUUUUUCCCGGUGAUGUAAGACUACUGAUAUCCAAAGAUUUGAUUGUAAGUCAGUCCUCAUUAACAGGAGAGUCAGGAACCAUGGAGAAAAUAGCAGAUAUCACAGAAGUUAGGAGCACUCCCUUGCUAGAGCUAAAGAAUGUAUGCUUUAUGGGAACAAGUGUGGUCUCCGGAUGUGGAAUUGGAUUAGUUAUAUCUACAAGUUCAAGGACAUAUAUGAGUACAAUAUUUUCCACAGCGUGGAAAGAGAAACGAGGAGAUACCUUUGAUAAUAGUGUUCGGUCUGUAUCAUAUGUACUCAUUUGCCUCAUGGUUGUGGUAGUUCCAAUAAUGGUCCUGUCUGAUUAUUAUGCUUCACAUAAUUUGGGCAAGAGCAUCAUCUUUGGGAUCUCUGUAGCAGUAGCACUGACCCCACAAAUGUUUCCUCUUAUUGUAAAUACGAAUCUUGCUAAAGGAGCCAUUGCAAUGGCCAGAGACAGAUGUAUAGUUAAGCGGCUAUCUGCCAUACAGAACAUGGGAGCUAUGGAUGUUUUGUGCAUCGAUAAAACUGGAACACUAACAACAGAUUGUGCGCUGAUGGUACAUCAUUUAAAUAGUUUUGGUUUUUCAGAUGAAAGGGUACUGAGAUUUGCGUUUCUAAAUUCCUUCUUCAAAACUGAACUUAAAGGUCCUAUAGAUGAUGCAAUUCUUGCGUAUGCAUAUAUGAAUGGCUACAAAUUCCAAGUGUCAAAAUGGAGAAUGAUAGAAGAGAUUCCAUUUGAUUUUAGAAGAAGAAGGAUGUCUGUGAUCGUUGAGGGAGAAUUAAACAGCAUAAGGGAUCAAAAAGGCUCUUACUUGAACACAGCCAAAUACGUCAUAACAAAGGGGGCACUUGAAGAAGUAUUAGGUAUCUCUACCUUAAUUGAGUACGAUGAGAAAGGUGUAACAUUGACUUUGACUUCAGAAGAGCGGAAAAGAGUUCUUCAGAAAAGCGAAGAACUGACCAAUGAUGGCUUAAGAGUUUUGGGAGUAGCAAUAAAGAGGACAAGCACAAUGACUACAAAUGAAGAGAACAGCCAUUCACUAAUAGAAUCAGACAUGAUUUUUCUUGGCCUCAUUUCCUUCUUUGAUCCACCAAAAGAAUCAGCUAAGCAAGCACUCUGGCAACUAGCUGAGAAGGGAGUAAAAGCAAAAGUGUUAACUGGUGACUCACUUUCUCUAGCCAUCAAAAUUUGCAAAGAAGUUGGCAUCAGAACUACUCACGUGACAACUGGUCCAGACCUAGAUGCUCUUGAAGAAACUGAAUUCCAUGAGGCUGUCAGAAAAGCCACAUUAUUGGCCCGUCUUACUCCAACUCAGAAGCUUCGAGUAGUUCAGUCACUGCAGAGAGUAGGCAAACAUGUUGUCGGUUUUUUAGGGGAUGGAAUAAAUGAUUCUCUUGCACUGGAAGCUGCAGAUGUUGGUAUCUCAGUUGAUUCCGGAGCAAGUGUAGCCAAGGACUUUGCUGACAUUAUACUGCUUGAAAAGGACCUAAAUGUUCUUGUCUCUGGAGUCGAACAUGGUAGGCUGACAUAUGGAAAUACAAUGAAAUACAUAAAACUGUCUUUGAUUGCUAAUAUUGGAAGUGUUGUCUCAUUCUUUAUAGCAACUAUGUUGCUGCAAUUUGAGCCACUCACUCCCAGGCAGCUUCUUACUCAAAAUUUUCUGUAUACUCUAGGCCAGAUAGCAAUUCCAUGGGACAAGGUAGAUGAUGGAUAUGCCAUGGUUCCUCAGGGUUUUUCUGCUAAAGAACUACCAGUUUUCAUUAUGUGGAAUGGCCCAGUUUGUUCAAUGUUUGACAUUGCCACCUUGUUAUUCCUUCGAUAUUACUAUGACGCCAGUGAAUAUUCAGAUGCUGAGUUUGUUCAUUCGGCAUGGUUUGUUGAAGGCCUCCUUAUGCAGACUCUAAUCAUCCACAUGAUUAGAACAGAAAAAAUUCCCUUUAUACAAGAUACAGCAUCUUGGCCAGUGGUUUUGUCAACUUUAACAAUUUCUGCUAUUGGGAUCACUAUCCCAUAUAGUCCAAUUGGCAAAGUUAUGGGACUAAGUAAACUUCCACUAUCAUAUUUUGGUUUCUUAGUUGUGCUUUUUCUUGGAUAUUUUUCACUUGGUCAGGUUGUCAAGAGGAUAUAUAUACAUGUAUACAAACGAUGGCUAUAAAAGGGAGUCCAUUAUUCUUCAAAAGCAAUGGACAUAGAAAUCAACCUUGGUUUUAGUCCAUCUAUCAAACAUGAGAAGAAAGUCAUACUCUGAGCGAAGACUUGAUCAGGUGAGGAGCUUCAUUGAAAAAAAUCUUGAUCGCAAUUAGCAUAAAUAUGAAAUGAUGUACAAUAAUAAUCAUGUCACUGACCAUAGUGUUGUCAUACUCAUACCCAAGUAAACCCCCUUUCCAUGGCUGGGAACAAUCACUUUGCCGGUGGGACAAUUCAAUAAGCACAACUCCUCAUGCCCAUCAAAGGAGUUUGCUACGGCAGCACUAGACAAUAUUCAUACCACAUCCACACUCAACAUCAUAAUAUAACAAGAGCAGUAAUACACAAAUAAAAUGAUUUAUUACUAAACAGCAAGGCUGUGACUCUCUGUUGUGGCUGGAAGAGGCUAUACUUUUGCUGCUCAAUUUGGAAGGCGAAGGGAAGUGGGUGGAGGAGGAACAUUAUACACGGCGAUAGUUCCACAAAGAGGAAGAGGCGCCAAUAGUUAGUGAAGAAAGGGGUAGCACAGACUCCCCAAUCCUGAGAAAUGCACAAAGAAGGCAGAAUGCCAAUUUUGUCUAGGCUUCUCCAUGGAGAUAUCUAGAGGGUGCCAUAUACUACAGUUUUCUACAUAAUAUGUUAUGACUUUUUUUAUAUAAUAAACUACUAUUUUCUAUAUUAUAUACUACAAUGUGUGACAUCAUAUGCUACACUUUAGAACUUUCGUUUACUAUGCUUUUAAAAUCGUAUACCAUGAUUUUCUAAAUCAUGUACAAUGAAACCAAUAGUUGUGAUGAUUUAGAGCAUGAUAAAGAAGGUGAUUUAAAAUGGAAUCUCUUCUAAACAUAUAUGUCAUAGUUCCUUCCUUUGAUGAAGGUGAAAAUAUCUAGAUUCACAAUCACCACCAACCCUUUUAGAAUUUUUGUCAUCACUUGCACGAUAAGAAUUUCGAAAACUCUUGCUACAAGUGAUAAACUCCUGUUAUCGAAUCACUGCAAAUGAGAAAACUAAACUCACCAAAUCGCGCGUAUUGCUAGAAAAUUUAACUUUCAGCUAAUUCAGAAAGUUUAAGAAAGCGUUUCGAUUUGGUCCAAACGACGGUAACUUAAUUACUAUCGCAGUAGUCUUCUAUGUUUUCUCUAUCAAAAGUAUCCCUAUAUCACAUUUUAUUCGGGCAACAUCUCCCUGAAAAAUCUAGAAUUUACAGCAAUAAGAACUCAUGAAAAAAUAGCACCAUCCAUCAA